AUGGCCUUCAUCUUCUCCUCCUCCACCCUCAAAACUACUCUAAUCCCACUGAUCCUUCUCACGACCCUCCUCUUCUUCCUCCUAAUCCCUCUUCCAUCUCCAGGCUACCCUUCAACAUUUUCCCUAAUUCCUCGCAGGUACCUUCUGAAGAGCAAUUCCACUAGCCUAGUCUGUUCUUUUUCCAAUCUUACUUCUUCUGAUGGAUUGUUCAAUUAUUCCUCUUUCCAUUUCUGCCUGUUCAGAGAAAACCUAUUUUUCUCUAUCUCAUUUCUCACUCUUCUUCUUCUCUUGCAAUUCUAUAUCUUGGUCAAAACAGCACAGGAUCGGUUCUCAGUGGUGGUUACUAAGCUUUCUACCCAUUUGAAACUGUCCCCUUCAGUGGGUGCUGUUACCCUUUUGGCUUUGGGAAAUGGGGCCCCCGAUGUGUUUGCAUCUGUGGCCGCUGUUCGAGGGGGCCAACCAAGAACUGGUUUUGGCGCAAUUCUUUCAGCUGGGACUUUUGUGUCUGCAUUUGUUGUGGGUUUUGUUGCAAUUUAUGCCGCGCCAUUCGCGGUGGAUCCAGCGCCAUUCAUAAGAGAUGUGCUGUUUUACUUGACUGCUGCUUUGUUUCUGUUUUAUGUUUAUUUGAGUGCUGAGAUUUUCUUGUGGCAGGCGAUUGGAUUUGUUGGAUUUUAUCUGUUCUUUGUUGGGUUAGUGUUUUGGAUGGAUUUGGGAUAUAAUAGUGGGAGCAAAAUUAUAAGUGCAGCUGGUGAAGAGGUGGGAUUGGUUAAUGAUGGAGAGGUGCGUAAAGGUUUGAAGGAAAUGGAUUGUGAAUAUGGUGAAGUGAAGGGGAAAUUGGAAGACAGAGUGAAGCCGAAAAACACGUUCUUGCAAGUCAUUUGGAAGCUAUCUGUAAAUGUUAUCAUUUAG